AAUUGAAGGAAAGGUUAGCAAUAUUACAGGCGUCUAAGUUUAAAGAGGAAGAUCUUAUUCAGUUAUAUGUCCUUUUGGAAAAGGCAUUCGAUAAUCUCAGGGGCACUCUGGACCUUCAUAUGUUUACUAUUUCUAAUAAAGAAAUAGAUAUUAGCUGGUCAAAAAAGGAGUUUAUUAAUUUCAUUGAAAUACACAAAUGUUCGAUUGAUAAUCCGUCUCGUUCUACAGGUGUUAAAAGAUCAUAUCUUGAUAUGUUGGGAGAUUUACCACCACCGUCGACGCUUGGAAAUCCCAAGGUUUGGGUCGAGCGACAAAAAGAUUCUCCUUGUUGUUACAAUCACCGUCCACCAAAAGCUUCUAGAGUUAUACCUGUUAGCUUGUAUAAUUCUAUUUUUGGCCAAUUUAAGGAUUUCUGUGAGGAAGAUCCAGAAAAAGAAGACAAUGAAUUCACAUAUAAUUUUUGUUGUACAAUGGCCGAAAUUUAUAAUGACGAGGAAGAUCGUCAGGAUGAGGCAAAUAAAAUGUUAAGAGAAUAUCUCGAUCACCCCGUGCAACCAAUCUCGAUUAAACGCCAAAAAAAUAACAGCAAUAUAAGGAGUGCACAUACUGACGGCACUAUAUCCCAUUCUCGUACUUUUAAGUAUCAUGGGGUUAAUUUCGAGUACAAGUGUGAAGAUUGUAGUUCUCAGACCUCUCCUUAUCUAGAAAAUUGGCCUUAUUUUUCAGUUUCUGGUGCAGUGUUUGCAGAUGUUGCUAUUGUUGACCCACUUACUCCGGUCUUUCCCCUCAUUUGGCAGAAACAUGACGAAAUGAUGUUGUCAAUUUCUAGAACAUUUCGUGCUAUUAAGAAAUCUAUCCAAAUUCUUGAUCAUUACUAUGGCCAAGUUGAUGAGCAAGCUCGAAAAAACCCUCGAACAGUCCACCCUAAGCAUCCUUUAUUCCCUGAAGUAACAAUUGAUAGAGAAUGUUAUAGCGUUCAGAUUAUUCGCCAUAUUGAUGGUUAUCUUCUUUGGGAAGCUACUCUUUCUAACGAACAAGGGCCACCUAAAAAAGUCUACAUAAAGGCUAUUCAAAAGUGCAAAUAUUCACUUAAUACACAUCAGCUCUUAGCAGAAGCUGGAUAUGCUCCAAAAGUCCUUGCUAGUUCAAUUAUUCCUGGAAAUUGGCUUUUGGUUUAUAUGGAAUACUUGGACAAUCAUUCGACGUUAGAUUGCGUCGCUUUUAAACUUAAUGAUCAAGAUCGAAAUUCUUUAAGAGUGAAAAUCGAAAAGAUGGUUGAACAUUUACAUAAUUUGGAACAUGUACAUGGAGAUUUGCGUGAAGGAAAUAUUCUAAUUCGUCGAUUUGAGAACAAUGAUUUUGAUGUGAAAUUGAUCGAUUUUGAGUGGUCUGGGGAGGUUGAUGAUCGGGGAGGCCUUAUUAUCGAUUCCGAAGAGGAGAUUUCGAAUGAUCAGGAUAAUAUAUUGGAGGAGCAAGCAAAACCCUUGGUUUCAGCAACACGGGCUGAGGAUGACUUUGACAAAAUUAUCAUGGAAGCUUUCGAGGAAGAAGAGGCUAGGAUAGAGAAAGAAAGACAGAACAAGGCGACAUCAAAUGUAGUAACUCCAGCUAAG